UUUAAACCUUUGCUUUCUUUCCUUACUGUUUUAACUUUCAAUUAUUUUGAAGGUUGAACGGUGCUGUUAUAUUACUUAAAAAUGGCUCUGUGUAAAGCUGAAGUAGAAAAAUAUGUUGCAAAAUUUGAGAAACGUUUUAAGGAUCCUCAUGAGAGAAAUUUGAGAAGCCUGACAAUUGCAGAGUUGUUUUGGAAAGCAGGAGAAGUUGAGAUGGCUAAAAGAUAUACAUUGACAUAUAUCAGUACUAACAGUCACGAUUACAGAGGUCAUAAAUUUCUCGCAAAGCUUCUGGAAAAUGAACAAGAUUAUAUGAAAGCAUUGGAGUGUUACAAAAGAUCAUUUUCAGUCAAUAAAAAUCAAAAUGAUGUUCUUCUUAAAAUCGUAAAACUUUACACUGAAUUAAAAGUUGAUCAUGAAGUCGUAAAGGCAUGGGUUGACAUUGCAGCUAAACAUUUACCUGGUCAUCCUGCAGUUUUCGAUUUACAAACUCAUUUAAUUGAGUUAAAAAGUCCAGUGGAUUAUGGAGCAUUGAUCAAUUUCAUUUCUGUUGAAUUAACUAAACGACCGCAAGACACUUUGCUACAUGUAAAGUUAAUUGAAACAUACAUUGCUAUAGAUGAGCUUGAAGAAGCCUAUAAUCAUUGUCUGUCUGUCAACAAAACAAAAGCUUUUCACAAUAAUUUAAGCUGGUUUGAUUUGACAGUUAAAGUUUUCACGAGCUAUCUUGACUCAAAACUAACUCAAGGAGUUUCACAGAACACUAUAAAAAACAUCUACUUGUCCUUAUUGACAACAUAUUGUAAUUUGGUUGAACUCAAUCUUGUUCAUUCUACCUUACGCCAAUGCUCCAAGAUUUUAUUAAAGUUAGACGAGUUGCUUUAUCAAGCUGUCAAACUUGAAAAUGGAUUUGUUCACUCCACCAAUAUAAAUGAAGCUUGUGAAUGGGAUGUUGCAGUUACAGAAAUAUGUGCUCAUUUUUACAUGUUCUCUGGACAUUUACUGUUGCGUUUUGCUAAAGAGGGUUACUCCACUUGGUCACAAGCAAUGGAGAUGUCCACAGCAUGUUAUGUGACAUCAUAUCGUUUUUCUGAACCAAAAAUAAUAUCAUCUUGGGCUGCCAGGGCAGUAGGAAAUUUUGAUCCAUUAUUGUGGUCAGCCAUGUCUGCUUCACGCCUCAGUCAAACUGGUCAUUUGAUCUUAUCAAUAUUAGAUCGUUAUGGUGAAGAAAAAAUCAAUAAUAUUCUUUUAAACAUUUGUUCACCACAGGGGAAGAAAGAUGUUUUAACGGCGUUGUAUGGACGCAAUGUUGAGAUAAACAAGCUGUUUUUGAAUGAAGAUGAGUCCUUUUAUACACCAGAAUUUCUUCUUCCUAAACAUAUCCUUAAAUACGAUGAAGUUUUUAUUGCUGACAAUCCUUCAAAUCUUCAUCUUAUUGUUUGGAUUGGUCUUCAAUGGAUACAGCAUGGACAAGAAUCUGAAACUGGCAUUGAAACUAUCGCGAGUCUGUUGUUUGAGGGAAUGAGAAUGGACGUUGGUGAUCUUUCUCAAUGUUCUUUUGACUUUGUUUCUCUUCGAGAUAUCGAGGCUUUCAUCUGUGCUGUGAUCAAGUGCAGUACAUAUGAAAUAUUUGAAAAUCUUGAUGUUGUGUACGAAUAUUAUGAGCCAAAACUACUUCCUUUAUGCUUAUCUCAGUCCCUGUGCAUCGAAACGCAAAAUAAUUGGUGGAGUGCCAUGUAUGCUCUUUUUACAGGAACUGUGAGCAUAUCAAAUUCAGGAAAAGCGAAAAUGAUUGUUCAGCAUGGACUAGAACAAAUACGAACUUUGAACAAUACGGGAAUGCAUCCAAAACUUGUUAUACAUUUGGCUUGGAAUUUUGCUCAGAAGGCUUUACUGUUGAAAGAUUCUGCUGGUUAUUCACAAUGGUACUUUUCAACACAUUGGAAGAGUUUUCAACUACGUAGUUUUCAUUACUGGAAUGUUGUUCUAAAUUUGUUGGACGAUAUGAAAAAAAACAAGAAUCAACAAUGUUUGAUAAAAGAUCAGUUGUUUCCUCACAACCUCGGGCAUUUAGAGGAUCAUGACCUUCACAGAUACGUUCGUGAAGCUUGCAUGAUACUUGGUGAAUCUGCAGUUGAAAAAGGAGAUUUUAAUCAUGCUUUGAAUCUUUUUUCACGUGUUCAGUCCUCUCACGCUGCAUGGAACGAAGCUCAGAUACACAAGCAUUUAGCAGGACUAGAGUCAAGUAAUACUUCAAUGAAUGUUCAUAUUAAUGAUUCUUACAAACAUCAUUUGAGUGUCGCUAAAGAAAAAUUGGAGCUUUGUCUUAAAAGAUUAGAUCAGGAAAAGAUUGUUCGUGUUGCCAUUGAAGAGGAACUUGUCGCCUUAGAGAGUUUAAUUAAUGAAAGAAACACAGUUUAUCAUGCUGACCCAAGAAAGAGUAUUGAUUUCCAUCAACUUGACUUUGACGCUUUGAAAAGUCCUGCGUGCUCUGACAUGACAGAGUCUGGUGAUACUAUACCAUUAAAAGAAGACGAUACAAGAGAAUUGCUGGCUACAGUAAGCGAGGUUACAUUGGACAAUGGUUUUCUUCGUGAACAAGUUUCUAUUCGAGAUGAACAAGUGCUACGACUUUCCAAACAAAUAGAAGAUUUAAAGAGCGAAUUGGCGCGAUAUAAAACAGAUGGUGUUGAUAGUCCUGUUUCUUGUUUAUCUGAGGAAAUUAAUGAUUCUCUUGGGAAUUAUGCAUCGUCUAAAGUUUAUUUAGAGACUGGCGAGAAAUUUACCCGUCAAGGGACGUUUAUGACUAGUGGUGUAAUUCCUACGAACAGGUGUGAUGAUCCAUCGUUCUUCUCUGGUCUCAGUCAAAGUAUUGACCAUAAAGUACAGACUAUUGUAGAAGAGGAAGUUGAAGAAACUGAAGAAGAUAUUGAUAAUGAGAUUUACUUUGAACCCAUAGUCCAACUGUCUCAAUUGAACAAUCUCACAUCUGGGGAAGAAGGGGAAAGUUAUUUUGAAGAAAGAGCGAAAAUGUUCCGUUUUCACGAUGGUGAAUGGAAAGAACGAGGUUUGGGUAACCUAAAAUUGCUAUGGAACAAUGGACGUCGUCAAGGUAGACUAAUAAUGCGUCGUGAGAAAGUUUUUAAAAUUUGUGCCAAUCAUUUUGUCACUGAAGAUAUGAUAUUAAAACCUGCUAAAGGUUCAGAUCGUUCUUGGAUAUGGAACACUAUUGCUGAUGUUGCAGAUGGGACAAGUGGGCCUCAACAGCUUGCUGUCAAGUUUCAAACAAAAGAAAUUGCUCAACUAUUCAAAGAUAAGUUUGAGGAAUUACGUAAAAAUAAAUUAUAUUCUGACCAACAAUCUCCUGCUGUCUCUCCAUUCGCUGCUAAUCCUUUGGUUGUUCAACCGUCAUGUCACACAUCAUCAAAAUCAUCUUUCCUAUGUUCGACUCCAAAUAAACCCAGCGUUAUGACAUCAGGUGAUUCUUCUUUGGAUGCACAGUCGACAGUUGUGUCACACAAUACUAAAAUGUCACCAGAUGAAAUUUUUCAGAAUAGCAGCAAUUAUUUAAAUGAAACUGUUAACGUUCCUGUGUAUUCAUAUUCAUCACAGUCCUCUCAUAAAAAUGACCUUGUUUCUCAAAAAUUCUUUCCCAAAAAUUCUUUUUCUUUCACGUUUGCUAAAGAAAGUGCUCCUUUCUUUUCGAACGAAAAUCUUCAACCAACGAAAGAUGAUAAACUAUCCACCUCAGAAAAAAAUAGCUCCAUGUUCACAAGAAAUGAUGAUAAAGAGAAAGAUCAUAAUAAUGAAGAAACAAGUGAUAAAAAGGAAACAAAUAUUGAUUUCAAACCAAAUGUUUCGUUCGUGAAGAAUCAAAAUAUUGGUGAAGAAAAAGAAAUUAUCAAGUUUACUAAACUAGCAAAAUUAUUCCAGUUUGAUUCUGAGAGUAAGAAAUGGAAAGAUCGAGGCUUUGGUGAAAUAAAAUUAUUGUAUAACUCUUUAACGGAUAGAUCUCGCGUUGUUUUGACACCUGAACAGGAAAAGAAACCCUGUGUUAAUCAUUUUCUACUGCCAAACAUGAAACUUGUUGAAAAUAGCCUUUGUAAAUAUUCAUGUGCGUGGUUGACACAUUCUGACUAUUCUGAUGACAAACCAAUGACUCAAAAGUUUGCAGUGACUUUUAAAGACGAAGAAAGUGUAAAUGAAUUUAAAAAAAUUUUCGAAGAACUUAAGUCAAAGAAAGACAGAUCAUCUGAAACUAAACACGAAAAUAAUUUCCAAACUUCUUUGUUGAAUCAACCGCAAAUGAUGACCCGAAUAAGACAAGCUAUUUCUUCCUCCUCAAGAACCAUGGGAUUACAACACUUACCCUGCACAAAGUUAUGUUUGCUCUUAUAUCCAAGUAAAACUGCAACAUCUGGAUUUAGCUUUGGCUAUAAUGAUCCAAGUAACACUGCAACACCUGAAUUUAGCUUUGGUUCAAAUGAUCCAAGUAAAACUGCAACACCUGAAUUUAGCUUUGGUUCAAAUGAUCAAAGUAAAACUGCAACAUCUGGAUUUAGCUUUGGUUCAAAAGAUCCAAGUAAAACUGCAUCACCUGGAUAUAGCUUUGGCUCAAAUAAUCCCAGUAAAACUGAAACACCUAGAUUUAGCUUAGGUUCAAAUGAUCCAAGUAAAACUGUAACAUCUGGAUUUAGCUUUGGUUCAAGUGAUCCAAGUAAAACUGCAAUAUCUGAAUUUACCUUUGGUUCAAAUGAUCAAAGUAAAACUGCAACAUCUGGAUUUAGCUUUGGAUCAAAAGAUCAAAGUAAAACUCCAACAUCUGGAUUUAGCUUUGGUUCAAAAGAUCCAAGUAAAACUGCAACAUCUGGUUUUAGCUUUGGUUCAAAAGAUCAAAGUAAAACUGCAACAUCUGGAUUUAGCUUUGGAUCAAAAGAUCAAAGUAAAACUUCAACAUCUGGAUUUUGCUUUGGUUCAAAUGAUCCAAGUAAAACUGCAACAUCUGGUUUUAGCUUUGGUUCAAAUGAUCAAAAUAAAACUGCAACAUCUGGAUUUUGCUUUGGUUCAAAUGAUCCAAGUAAAACUGCAACAUCUGGUUUUAGCUUUGGUUCAAAUGAUCAAAGUAAAACUGCAACAUCUGGUUUUAGCUUUGGUUCAAAUGAUCAAAGUAAAACUGCAACAUCUGGUUUUAGCUUUGGUUCAAAUGAUCAAAGUAAAACUGCAACAUCUGGAUUUAGCUUUGGUUCAAAAGAUCAAAGUAAAACUGCAACAUCUGAAUUUAGCUUUGGAUUAAAAGAUCAAAGUAAAAUUGCAACAUCUGGAUUUAGCUUUGGUUCAAGUGAUCCAAGUAAAACAGCAACAUCUGGAUUUAGCUUUGGAUCAAAAGAUCAAAGUAAAACUGCAACAUCUGAAUUUAGCUUUGGUUCAAGUGAUGCAAGUAAAACUGCAACAUCUGAAUUAAGCUUUGGUUCAAGUGAUCCAAGUAAAACUGCAACAUCUGAAUUUAGCUUUGGAUCAAAAGAUCAAAUUGAAACUGCAACAUCUGAAUUUAGCUUUGAAUCAAAAGAUCGAAGUAAAACUGCAACAUCUGAAUUUAGCUUUGGUUCAAGUGAUCCAAGUAAAACUGCAACACCUGGAUUUAGCUUUGUGAUCCAAGCAAAACUGCAACAUGGAUUUAGCUUUGGUUCAAAAGACCAAAGUAAAACUGCAACAUCUGAAUUUAGCUUUGGUUCAAAUGAUCCAAGUAAAACUGUAACAUCUGGAUUUAGCUUUGGAUCAAAAGAUCAAAGUAAAACUGCAACAUCUGGAUUUAGCUUUGGUUCAAAAGAUCCAAGUAAAACUGCAACAUCUGGUUUAAAUUUUGGUUCAAAUGAUCCAAGUAAAACUGCAACAUCUGGUUUUAGCUUUGGUUCAAAUGAUCAAAGUAAAACUGCAACAUCUGGAUUUAGCUUUGGAUCAAAAGAUCAAAGUAAAACUUCAACAUCUGGAUUUUGCUUUGGUUCAAAUGAUCCAAGUAAAACUGCAACAUCUGGUUUUAGCUUUGGUUCAAAUGAUCAAAAUAAAACUGCAACAUCUGGAUUUUGCUUUGGUUCAAAUGAUCCAAGUAAAACUGCAACAUCUGGUUUUAGCUUUGGUUCAAAUGAUCAAAGUAAAACUGCAACAUCUGGUUUUAGCUUUGGUUCAAAUGAUCAAAGUAAAACUGCAACAUCUGGUUUUAGCUUUGGUUCAAAUGAUCAAAGUAAAACUGCAACAUCUGGAUUUAGCUUUGGUUCAAAAGAUCAAAGUAAAACUGCAACAUCUGAAUUUAGCUUUGGAUUAAAAGAUCAAAGUAAAAUUGCAACAUCUGGAUUUAGCUUUGGUUCAAGUGAUCCAAGUAAAACAGCAACAUCUGGAUUUAGCUUUGGAUCAAAAGAUCAAAGUAAAACUGCAACAUCUGAAUUUAGCUUUGGUUCAAGUGAUGCAAGUAAAACUGCAACAUCUGAAUUAAGCUUUGGUUCAAGUGAUCCAAGUAAAACUGCAACAUCUGAAUUUAGCUUUGGAUCAAAAGAUCAAAUUGAAACUGCAACAUCUGAAUUUAGCUUUGAAUCAAAAGAUCGAAGUAAAACUGCAACAUCUGAAUUUAGCUUUGGUUCAAGUGAUCCAAGUAAAACUGCAACACCUGGAUUUAGCUUUGGUUCAAAAGACCAAAGUAAAACUGCAACAUCUGAAUUUAGCUUUGAUUCAAGUGAUCCAAGCAAAACUGCAACACAUGGAUUUAGCUUUGGUUCAAAAGACCAAAGUAAAACUGCAACAUCUGAAUUUAGCUUUGGUUCAAAUGAUCCAAGUAAAACUGUAACAUCUGGAUUUAGCUUUGGUUCAAAUGUUCCAAGUAAAACUGCAACAUCUGGAUUUAGCUUUGGUUCAAAAGAUCAAAGUAAAACUGCAACAUCUGAAUUUAGCUUUGGAUCAAAAGAUCAAAGUAAAACUGCAACAUCUGAUUUUAGCUUUGGAUCAAGUAAUCCAAGUAAAACUGCAACAUCUGAAUUUAGCUUUGGAUCAAGUGAUCCAAGUAAAACUGCAACAUCUGAAUUUAGCUUUGGAUCAAGUGAUCCAAGUAAAACUGCAACAUCUGAUUUUAGCUUUGGAUCAAGUAAUCCAAGUAAAACUGCAACAUCUGAAUUUAGCUUUGGAUCAAGUGAUCCAAGUAAAACUGCAACAUCUGAAUUUAGCUUUGGAUCAAGUGAUCCAAGUAAAACUCCAACAUCUGUGUUUACCUUUGGUACAACCAAUCCAAGUGAAAAUGUAACACGUGAAUUUAGUGUUGAUUCGAGUAACUCGAGAAUAAAUGAUAUCAGUGAAACAGAUAUAUCAGUCUGUACUACUGGGUCGAGUGAUCUUAACAAUACCACUAAAUAUGGGCAUGGCAAUAAGUUUGAUGAUUCUUGUGUGCCUAAAUGCGAAUCUCAUUCAGACGUGAGAGAAAUCCAAUUCAAAGGAACUUUAAACAAUAAGGAUUCAACAAAAGAACUAUUGAGCUGCAGCAACGAUGUAAGUUUAACGAGAUAUGAAGAGAAUGAUGAGGUUGUCUACUCAGGGAUGAAGCAAGAAUAUCCUUCUACCUUUUUUUUAAAAAGUGACAAAAGUCUCGCUAAAACAAACAACGAAAAGGAUACGAAAGAUAUUGACGAUAAUGUUAGUAAUCCGAUGUUUUAUUUUGGAAGUGAAGUAUCUUCUUUAUCAUUUACUUCACAUCCUAACCAGUUGUCUGGUUUUAAAUGUCAACCUUUUAAAGGAUUUCUUACCUCUGGUGAACGGUUGUGUGUUUCGAAAAAGGAAGAUGUUGAUCCCAAAGAAGAAGAUAAAAGUUAUGAUUUCCGUCCAAUUGUUUCAUUAACUCCCAUUAGUGAUCAGAAAACUGGUGAAGAAAACGAAACUGUUGUUUACAGUCAUCGUGCAAAAUUAUUUCGUUACGAUAAAAAAGAAUGGAAGGAACGUGGUGUUGGAGAUAUUAAAAUCUUAAGACAUAAUGAAACAAAGAAAUGUCGUAUUGUAAUGAGACGAGAACAAAUUCAUAAACUUUGUGCAAAUCAUUUUAUAACAUGUGAUAUGGAACUGAAAAGGAAUGCAGGAUCAGAUCGUUCGUGGAUGUGGUCUGUCGAUGCUGAUUUUUCUGAUGGUGUAGCGAAAAAUGAACUUUUUGCUGUGAAAUUCAAACAUCCUGAAGAUGCAACGAUAUUUCAAGAGAAAUUUAUUGAAUGUCAACAAGCAGAAAGAAUUGAUGAAAUUUCACUUUCAAGAAAAGACACUAAAGAAAAUAUUGUGGAUGAUGAUUUAAAAAAUUUAAAAGAUGAAACAAUUGAUGCUGAGGAAGAAGUUGAAAUAAUCUUUGAGAGAUGUCCAUCUGUUGAGGAACAAGAAAAAGCCAAAAGUUAUCAAUUUCCAAAGAUGUUGUAUUGUUUUGAUGAAAAAAAUGAGAAAGGCGAUGAAAAUCAAUUUGAGACUCAGUUGGUUGAUAGAGAGAAAGGUAAAAAUGACUAUGUUUCUAAGUCUGGUAUCUUCCAGUUCGGUUCAACAUCGACAUCCAUGUUGUCUUUUUCUGAACUGGCACAACAAAUAUCUACAUUUCCCCAGGCAAAUGAGAAGAUAUCUUGGAAAGGAUUUCUUGGCAGUGGUGAACAGUUGUUUGUUUCGAAAAAGGAAGAUGUUGAUCCUGAAGAAGAAGUUAAAAGUUAUGAUUUCCGUCCAAUUGUUUCAUUAACUCCCAUUAGUGAUCAGAAAACUGGUGAAGAAAACGAAACUGUUGUUUACAGUCAUCGUGCAAAAUUAUUUCGUUACGAUAAAAAAGAAUGGAAGGAACGUGGUGUUGGAGAUAUUAAAAUCUUAAGACAUAAUGAAACAAAGAAAUGUCGUAUUGUAAUGAGACGAGAACAAAUUCAUAAACUUUGUGCAAAUCAUUUUAUAACAUGUGAUAUGGAACUGAAAAGGAAUGCAGGAUCAGAUCGUUCGUGGAUGUGGUCUGUCGAUGCUGAUUUUUCUGAUGGUGUAGCGAAAAUGAAUUUUGCUGUGAAAUUCAAACAUCCUGAAGAUGCAACGAUAUUUCAAGAGAAAUUUAUUGAAUGUCAACAAACAGAAAAAGAUGAAAUUUCACUUUCAAGAAAAGACACUAAAGAAAAUAUUGUGGAUGAUGAUUUAAAAAUAGAGAAAGGUAAAAAUGACUAUGUUUCUAAGUCUGGUAUCUUCCAGUUCGGUUCAACAUCGACAUCCAUGUUGUCUUUUUCUGAACUGGCACAACAAAUAUCUACAUUUCCCCAGGCAAAUGAGAAGAUAUCUUGGAAAGGAUUUCUUGGCAGUGGUGAACAGUUGUUUGUUUCGAAAAAGGAAGGUGUUGAUCCUGAAGAAGAAGUUAAAAGUUAUGAUUUCCGUCCAAUUGUUUCAUUAACUCCCAUUAGUGAUCAGAAAACUGGUGAAGAAAACGAAACUGUUGUUUACAGUCAUCGUGCAAAAUUAUUUCGUUACGAUAAAAAAGAAUGGAAGGAACGUGGUGUUGGAGAUAUUAAAAUCUUAAGACAUAAUGAAACAAAGAAAUGUCGUAUUGUAAUGAGACGAGAACAAAUUCAUAAACUUUGUGCAAAUCAUUUUAUAACAUGUGAUAUGGAACUGAAAAGGAAUGCAGGAUCAGAUCGUUCGUGGAUGUGGUCUGUCGAUGCUGAUUUUUCUGAUGGUGUAGCGAAAAUGAAUUUUGCUGUGAAAUUCAAACAUCCUGAAGAUGCAACGAUAUUUCAAGAGAAAUUUAUUGAAUGUCAACAAACAGAAAGAAAUGAUGAAAUUUCACUUUCAAGGAAAGACACUAAAGAAAAUAUUGUGGAUGAUUUUUAAAAUUUAAAGGAUGAAACAAUUGAUGCUGAGGAAGAAGUUGAAAUAAUCUUUGAGAGAUGUCCAUCUGUUGAGGAACAAGAAAAAGCCAAAAGUUAUCAAUUUCCAAAGAUGUUUUAUUGUUUCGGUGAAAAAAAUGAGAAAGACGAUGAAGAUCAAUUUGAGACUCAGUUGGUUGAUAGAAAGAAAGGUAAAAAUGACUAUGUUUCUAAGUCUGGUAUCUUCCAGUUCGGUUCAACAUCGACAUCCAUGUUGUCUUUUUCUGAACUGGCACAACAAAUAUCUACAUUUCCCCAGGCAAAUGAGAAGAUAUCUUGGAAAGGAUUUCUUGGCAGUGGUGAACAGUUGUUUGUUUCGAAAAAGGAAGGUGUUGAUCCUGAAGAAGAAGUUAAAAGUUAUGAUUUCCGUCCAAUUGUUUCAUUAACUCCCAUUAGUGAUCAGAAAACUGGUGAAGAAAACGAAACUGUUGUUUACAGUCAUCGUGCAAAAUUAUUUCGUUACGAUAAAAAAGAAUGGAAGGAACGUGGUGUUGGAGAUAUUAAAAUCUUAAGACAUAAUGAAACAAAGAAAUGUCGUAUUGUAAUGAGACGAGAACAAAUUCAUAAACUUUGUGCAAAUCAUUUUAUAACAUGUGAUAUGGAACUGAAAAGGAAUGCAGGAUCAGAUCGUUCGUGGAUGUGGUCUGUCGAUGCUGAUUUUUCUGAUGGUGUAGCGAAAAAUGAACUUUUUGCUGUGAAAUUCAAACAUCCUGAAGAUGCAACGAUAUUUCAAGAGAAAUUUAUUGAAUGUCAACAAACAGAAAAAAUUGAUGAAAUUUCACUUUCAAGAAAAGACACUAAAGAAAAUAUUGUGGAUGAUGAUUUAAAAAAUUUAAAAGAUGAAACAAUUGAUGCUGAGGAAGAAGUUGAAAUAAUCUUUGAGAGAUGUCCAUCUGUUGAGGAACAAGAAAAAGCCAAAAGUUAUCAAUUUCCAAAGAUGUUUUAUUGUUUUGAUGAAAAAAAUGAGAAAGACGAUGAAGAUCAAUUUGAGACUCAGUUGGUUGAUAGAAAGAAAGGUAAAAAUGACUAUGUUUCUAAGUCUGGUAUCUUCCAGUUCGGUUCAACAUCGACAUCCAUGUUGUCUUUUUCUGAACUGGCACAACAAAUAUCUACAUUUCCCCAGGCAAAUGAGAAGAUAUCUUGGAAAGGAUUUCUUGGCAGUGGUGAACAGUUGUUUGUUUCGAAAAAGGAAGGUGUUGAUCCUGAAGAAGAAGUUAAAAGUUAUGAUUUCCGUCCAAUUGUUUCAUUAACUCCCAUUAGUGAUCAGAAAACUGGUGAAGAAAACGAAACUGUUGUUUACAGUCAUCGUGCAAAAUUAUUUCGUUACGAUAAAAGAGAAUGGAAGGAACGUGGUGUUGGAGAUAUUAAAAUCUUAAGACAUAAUGAAACAAAGAAAUGUCGUAUUGUAAUGAGACGAGAACAAAUUCAUAAACUUUGUGCAAAUCAUUUUAUAACAUGUGAUAUGGAACUGAAAAGGAAUGCAGGAUCAGAUCGUUCGUGGAUGUGGUCUGUCGAUGCUGAUUUUUCUGAUGGUGUAGCGAAAAAUGAACUUUUUGCUGUGAAAUUCAAACAUCCUGAAGAUGCAACGAUAUUUCAAGAGAAAUUUAUUGAAUGUCAACAAACAGAAAAAAUUGAUGAAAUUUCACUUUCAAGAAAAGACACUAAAGAAAAUAUUGUGGAUGAUGAUUUAAAAAAUUUAAAAGAUGAAACAAUUGAUGCUGAGGAAGAAGUUGAAAUAAUCUUUGAGAGAUGUCCAUCUGUUGAGGAACAAGAAAAAGCCAAAAGUUAUCAAUUUCCAAAGAUGUUUUAUUGUUUCGGUGAAAAAAAUGAGAAAGACGAUGAAGAUCAAUUUGAGACUCAGUUGGUUGAUAGAGAGAAAGGUAAAAAUGACUAUGUUUCUAAGUCUGGUAUCUUCCAGUUCGGUUCAACAUCGACAUCCAUGUUGUCUUUUUCUGAACUGGCACAACAAAUAUCUACAUUUCCCCAGGCAAAUGAGAAGAUAUCUUGGAAAGGAUUUCUUGGCAGUGGUGAACAGUUGUUUGUUUCGAAAAAGGAAGGUGUUGAUCCUGAAGAAGAAGUUAAAAGUUAUGAUUUCCGUCCAAUUGUUUCAUUAACUCCCAUUAGUGAUCAGAAAACUGGUGAAGAAAACGAAACUGUUGUUUACAGUCAUCGUGCAAAAUUAUUUCGUUACGAUAAAAGAGAAUGGAAGGAACGUGGUGUUGGAGAUAUUAAAAUCUUAAGACAUAAUGAAACAAAGAAAUGUCGUAUUGUAAUGAGACGAGAACAAAUUCAUAAACUUUGUGCAAAUCAUUUUAUAACAUGUGAUAUGGAACUGAAAAGGAAUGCAGGAUCAGAUCGUUCGUGGAUGUGGUCUGUCGAUGCUGAUUUUUCUGAUGGUGUAGCGAAAAAUGAACUUUUUGCUGUGAAAUUCAAACAUCCUGAAGAUGCAACGAUAUUUCAAGAGAAAUUUAUUGAAUGUCAACAAACAGAAAAAAUUGAUGAAAUUUCACUUUCAAGAAAAGACACUAAAGAAAAUAUUGUGGAUGAUGAUUUAAAAAAUUUAAAAGAUGAAACAAUUGAUGCUGAGGAAGAAGUUGAAAUAAUCUUUGAGAGAUGUCCAUCUGUUGAGGAACAAGAAAAAGCCAAAAGUUAUCAAUUUCCAAAGAUGUUUUAUUGUUUUGAUGAAAAAAAUGAGAAAGACGAUGAAGAUCAAUUUGAGACUCAGUUGGUUGAUAGAGAGAAAGGUAAAAAUGACUAUGUUUCUAAGUCUGGUAUCUUCCGGUUCGGUUCAACAUCGACAUCCAUGUUGUCUUUUCUGAACUGGCACAACAAAUAUCUACAUUUCCCCAGGCAAAUGAGAAGAUAUCUUGGAAAGGAUUUCUUGGCAGUGGUGAACAGUUGUUUGUUUCGAAAAAGGAAGGUGUUGAUCCUGAAGAAGAAGUUAAAAGUUAUGAUUUCCGUCCAAUUGUUUAAAGAAAUGAAAAUUUCACUUUCAAGAAAAGACACUAAAGAAAAUAUUGUGGAUGAUGAUUUUAAAAAUUUAAAGGAUGAAACAAUUGAUGCUGAGGAAGAAGUUGAAAUAAUCUUUGAGAGAUGUCCAUCUGUUGAGGAACAAGAAAAAGCCAAAAGUUAUCAAUUUCCAAAGAUGUUUUAUUGUUUUGAUGAAAAAAAUGAGAAAGACGAUGAAGAUCAAUUUGAGACUCAGUUGGUUGAUAGAGAGAUUGCUGUAAAAUUCAAACAUCCUGAUAAUGCAACGAUAUUUCAAGAGAAAUUUAUUGAAUGUCAACAAACAGAAGGAAAUGAUGAAAUUUCACUUUCAAGAAAAUACACUAAAGAAAAUAUUGUGGAUGAUGAUUUAAAAAAUUUAAAAGAUGAAACAAAUAAUGCUAAGGAAGAAGUUGAAAUAAUCUUUGAGAAAUCUCCAUCUGUUGAGCAACAAGAAAAAGCCAAAAGUUAUGAACUGCCAAAGAUGUUUUAUGUACUUACUAACACUUUUGAAAAUGGCGAUAUUGAAACUGUUGAAAGUGGAAUAAAGGAAAAUGAAGGUGUGCCUAACAUUAGAAGUUGUUUCAACACUAUUUUAACACAAUCAACACUGUCAGAGUUUGGUUCUCCUCCGUCAACGACAACCAGUACACAAUCAUUUGUAUUUGGUUCUCAAGGUGCUACAUAUUUAACAUUCUCUUCACUUCGCGGAAUUAUGUCAUCAACUUUUCAAUCGUCUACGAAUCAGGCGUUUGCUGGCGCUGGAUCAAAAUUGUUUGGUGAGGAAAAUAUCUUUAUCAAGAACAAAUCAUAUGAGGACGAUCCUGAACGAGAGGUCAACGGUCUUGAUUUCAAACCAAUAGUUCAACUUAAGAUGAUAGAACAAAGUAGUGGGGAAGAAAGUGAAGAUGUUAUUUAUUGUCAACGUGCAAAAUUAUUUCGUUAUGAUAAAGAUACAUCACAAUGGAAAGAACGUGGUGUUGGAAAUAUCAAAAUUCUUCAACAUAAAUUAACGGGACAAUUUCGAGUGUUAAUGAGACGAGAAAAAACAUUAAAAAUUUGUGCAAAUCAUAUUCUUACUUCAGAAAUGAAACUUAUAGAGAACACAAGUUCUGAUCGUUCAAUGGUGUGGCAUACUAAUGCUGAUAUCUCUGACGGAGAAGCUAAAUCAGAACAACUUGCUGUGCGAUUUAAAAAUGCUCAAAUGGCGAAAGAGUUUAAUGAUAUGUUUGAUGAAUGUAAAGAACAGAUGAAAUUAUUCAAAAUACAAACUAGUGAAAUUGAGAAGAAAUGUACAGAAAAAAGUGUGUGUAGUGUCCUUACAAGAGAUGAUAUUACUUCACCAGACAACAACCAAGUAAAUGAUGAACAACAAUACAACAAUCCUAUCAUUUCAAAUUCUCACAGAUUCAUGUCAUUUUUGUCCAACGGAAGUUUCUUGGCUGCUCAAGAAAGUUAUCGCGUUUUGUUUAGCGAGCUUGCCUUCGCUUAUUUCUAUGAUUUAAACUUUAAAAAUUGGUUGGAACGCGGUCGUGGUACUCUGAAAGUAUUGUCUUCAGACAAUAAAUAUUACAUAGUAAUGUCUGAUGACCAAAGAUUAUUGCUGGCUCAUGAGGUUACUGCAUACAUGGAUCUUAAGCCGAAUGCGGGCUCAGAUCGUUCUUGGGUUUGGUUUACUAUGGCUGAUUUUAGUGACAUUAGCCAUGGCGUGGAACGAGAUGUAGCCGUGGAACGAGAUGUAGCCGUGGAACGAGAUGUAGCCGUGCAAUUUCAUUCUGUUGAACAAUCAUUUAAAUUUAAAGAAAUAUUUGAUCAAUGUCGGGAUUCUACUGAAGCAACUUGUGAAGGUCACGUUUCUGCAAUGGCGGCAGGUUUUAACGCAAAUAUUCACCUUGUUCCAUCUCUUCAUCAUUUUACACCAUCACGUACACGUAGUCUUAUACAUGAUGACGUCACAUCCAAUGAUCCACGUGAUGUUACCAAUGAUGACACUACAUAUAAUUAUUCACAUGAUCUUGCCAAUGAUGACGUCACAUCCAAUGAUCCACGUGAUCUUACUCAUGAUAGCAGAUGAUGCUACGAAAAUGCUGCAGAUGAUCAUGAUCCCUCUUAUGGUUUGUGAAAAUUUUGCAAAGUUGCUCUAGUUUCAAAGUGAAGAACAAUAUUGAGAAUAUAUUUUGCGUAUAGUUUGUGGAAAUGAUUUUCCUACAAAAGUAAAUUUAUCAUUUAAAUAGUGGUUUGCUGUUUGUUUCAAUUUUACGACGAUACGUGAAUCAAAUCGGAACGUAUUUCCCAAGAUACGAUUUUCGGAAACCAAGAAGAAUUUCUAAGUGCAUCGUACAAUGUGGAAAUGUACCUGUUGUCGUGCAGAGAAUGAUAAUUUACACUAUUGUUAAAAUUAUAAACAACUUUUCCCUACAUUUGUAAUGAUGCUUAUGCAAAAAAAAUUGCUACUUAUAUCUACUGGAAUGCAGCUUCAAAUAAAACUGGAUUCAUUUUCCUAUUUGAAAGAA